AUGAGUUCGAACGGAAAAUUGACGUUGUCCGGUGAUCUGAUUUCGAAGAAACAAGGAGGCGUUGGGGCUGACUCCUUUCCCGAAACGAACAAGUCCAUCGGCAAACACGGUGGCUCUUCGGGCCUCUCGAUCGGCGUUUCCCAUUCAAAAAAAUCCAAAGGCGAUGCGUCUGUCUCUUCUCCCGGUCCGAACAAACCCAUCGGCGCGACGGGUGACUCUUCCGGCGUCCCCACCGGCGUAUCUAACUCGAAGAAACCUAAUGGUCCGAUAGUUGAAAGGGCGAAGGCAGUUGUAUCCUCCGGCGUUAGGGGCAAAGCCGCUGUCUCCUCUGAUGUCAGGGGUAAAGCUAUUGUCUCCGCCAACGUUAGGGAAGUGAUGUUCUUCAAAGAUGUGCAAUUCGGUCCUCAUGAAGGCGAGGUGAGGUUUCGAUUGAUCCACUUUUGGGAAGCUCGAAAUGUUCUGACGAAGCUUCUUUUCGGUCUCGAGAUGCUACUCAUCGACGAAGAGGGCACUGUUAUACAGGGCUUCAUCCCAUCUGCAAGGAUUGAAACCUACUUGCCACACAUGAUGGCGGGUGGCAUUUACAGACUCAACAAUUUUUUCGGGUCUAGAAAUAAAACUCUGUAUCGAGUAGCUGAGCCAAGUGUCGUUAUCACCUUCUCAUCAGCAUCCGCUCUCUCUGUUCUGGAGAACAGUCCGGUCUGUUUCCCUGAUGACCGUUUCCGGUUCCAUGGAUAUGAAGAAUUUGAUGCUGCCUGCGACUUGAAAGGAGAUCUCUAUGAUUAUGUUGGCCACAUCAAGCUUGUGAAUGGGCAGGUUCUCAAUGACAGUCUCGUGCUAGAUGAAUCUGAGAUAGUUUCAACUCGCCGCAUUUUGCUUCAUGUUCAAACACAUGAAGGCCCCGUUAUGAAGCUAUACCUGUGGGACAAAGCUGCUUUCGAUUUCAUUGAAAAAUUUAAAGCAUCUGGAGGAACUGCAAAAGUUAUUUUAGUUACCACGCUAAACCCGAAACGUUUUGGAGGUGCCCUAUCUCUAUCUUCCAUGGCCUCAUCACGAGUAUUCAUGGACAGUGAUGUCCAAGCAACCCGAGAUUAUCUCACUUGGUUGGUCUCAAACUCAGAUGUCGCCAACAGAGUUGAUGCAGACGUUGUCACUAAGACUGAGACAGUGACCAUAUGCGAACUCUUUUCUUAUAUGAAGCAAGCAGAUGCCAAGGUUGCUUGGUUUGAGUGCAUAGCAACCGUUGCUGAUGUUGUGCACGGUUUAAGCUGGUAUUACAUAGGCUGCGGUGUGUGCCACACUAAGGCAACCAAAGGGCCUACCACCCUUAUGUGUAAGAAGUGUGGGAAGAGUGAUAUUGUUGGUGUUCCACAGUUUCUGGCCAAGAUCUCUGUGUACGAUAAGAGUGACCAGGCGUUUUUUUUUCUCCUUGGUGAUGCUGGUCACGAGUUGACUGGAAAGAAAGCUUCUGAAUUGGUUGAAAGCUAUUUUGAGGCCAAUGAGAGUGUAAGAGAUGAUUACAUAGUUCCAGUGCCUCAGGCUCUGUCUGAUACCAUAGGACAGACUCGCAAGUUCAUUGUGAAGGUCUCAACUCACAAUUUGACUGGCAAGACCCAAUCUUUGACUGUAACAAAGGUGCUCCCUUCAGACGAUCCAGAACUUGAAGGCGAGCUGGAGGAAGAUGCGAUUAUCCCAGUCGCCCAUAAAACUUUGGAUGAUGGAGGUGCUGAGGAUGAUCCUUCCAUGGACUCUAAGGGCGAAAAGGUAAAAAGAGCUGCUGAAAAUGAUGAAUCAGAUGAUCCUAAACGAGCCAAAUGUGGCUAA